GAUCGUUCUACUUUACGAACGGAAUUUUUCUAAUGACAGAAAAUAUAUCAUAUUUCUUAACAUCGCUCUGUUCUUUGCGUUCUAUUUCAGACGGAACGAUGAAAAGAACUUUUACGCCAAUAAGUUUCUUCUGAAAUCCCGGAGUCUUUUCAUUACAGCCAUUUUGCAAUUACAUGUUUUUCUUUUCGAUAUCUGGACAAAGGACAAACUGUGUCCUUUGAUAUCCCAGGGUGUUUUAAUGCUUUUAAGAUCUAAACUUUAUUUGAUACUCGUACAAUUGGUAAUACAUCACCGCGUUGCACGAUUUUCUUUGACGAUAGUUCUGGUAUUAUUUUAUACUCCGUGCGUGUAAUACAAAUUUGCAAUGCAAAUAGAUAAUUGCCUGUUCGAAAGAGAAAAAGAGAGAGAAAAAAGUGAUGGAAACGCCACUUUUUUUUUUAUUUUAUUUUUCACUCGUACGUUUCUACGGCAACUGCGAUAUGAGAAAAUAUCGAGUGGGGCAGCCGGUACGUGCAUCUUCAACGCGCAUAAAUUUUCCAGAAGUUUGUUACGCGAACGUUUCGUUCGCGCACAAGCACGCAAAAUGCAGGAGCGAACUCUGCUACUCGAUGUUCAGUUGUACGAGAAAAUGAGACGCGAGUACACCACGCUUUUAUCAAGCGCCAUAAAUUCAGAACGUUCACGACAAUGGGAAUUUUUUAACGCGAUGUUCAUUGAACACGCGAAAUAAAAAACCGUAUCGGAAAAGUGAAAAUGCGACAAACGAAGGAAAGAAAAAAAGAUCAAUGUUACUUUCCAUAUAUACUCACUUUAAAUCUUGAGAAAACUGCGACAACAAAAAACUAUUUAAAGGGGGCCUGUGACACGCAAAAGGUUAAGAACCGCUGCUCCAGAGGUCCUUGGACUGUAGCUCUUAUGCUUUAAUUUGUUGUUUAAUUUUAUUAUAGUUAAACUAGAAUAAUAUCAGUAGUUGUUGGGCUCUAAUUAAUGUUCUGGUUUAUUUAUUCAGUGUUUAAUCCAUUUUUGCUUGUUUAUUUUUUUCUUCUUAGACAACAUAACCAUUUCUAACCUUAUAAGAAUUGCAGUUUCCUCGUUUAACAUUGAUGAUUGUUAGAAUACCGUACUUACAAUGACACUAACUGCAGGAAAGACGGCAGGUAGAACUUGUUGGUAAAUCCGUCGUAAACUUUCCUAUGUAUUGCACGAGAGUUGCCUUUCGAAUUUCCUGCGGGUUUGUAUCUUCGCGGACUAACCUUCCAUAGACUUCCGUGCAUAUGGCGAUCUUAUGGAAGGUUGGCCCGCGGGCUUGGUUUCUCCGUACGUGGCCGCAAGGGAAACCUCUGCGUGUUUGGUUAAAUUGCCCGCAAGGUUUACCAGAAUUUCGGCCCGCGAACUUGUCAUUAAUGUUUGAAGUUUUCUUGACGACCAAGUAUCAGUUUCACCAAACAAUUUCAUUAUAGUAAAAAUGAGUGAUAUGAGAAUGUGGUCACAUAAAUUUAUAACUGAAUUCAUUGAACUCUAUAAAUCAUUUCCGUGUUUGUACAAUUUUAAAAGUGAGGGGUACACGCACAAACAAUUAAGAAAUACUUGUUAUAAUAAAAUGGUGGAGAAACUUAAAGAAAUUGACCCAACGGCAACAAAAGAUAGCGUUGUUAAAAAGAUUGGUAACAUGCGUAGUUCGUAUAGAAAAGAAUUGAAGAAAGUAAAAAGGUAUAAAAGAAAUGGAUCUGUCUAUGAGCCAUCGCUUUGGUAUUUUCACUUACUUGAUUUUUUGUACGAUCAUGAAGUUUCACGAAGCCGCAAUGCAAACACUUCACAGGAGGAUAACAAUGAAGACGAGGAAGAGGUAAAUGAUGAAGAUGACACAUAUGAAAGUUAUAGUAAAUUACAGUCUCCAGAAGAACAAACUACAGAUUUGGAUCCAUUAGCACUCCCAAAUCUAUCAGAAACACCUUUGCCUCAUUUAAGCGCUAGUAGUGUAUCAAAAAGAAUUCUUGGCAAAAGAAAAAUAGAAGAAUCACAGUCAAAACAAGACAUUGAAUUUGAUUUUGUCGAUGACAAAUUGCAGCAGACACAAAAUAAAUAUACAAACUAUGGAGCAUAUAUCAGUGAUGAAUUAAGUGACUUAUCACCCACUAUGGCAAUAUACUGUCAAAAAUUAAUCAAUGAUGCUAUUUUUGAGGCAAAAUGUGGAAAUUUAAGUAGACGAUCUCGAAUAUGGACACCACCUGAAACAACUAAUGUACCUUUAACUUAA